AUGCUAGCUCCAGCCGCAGCCCCACCCGGCCGCCCGAGGGUGUUCCCGCAGGCAGAGAAGACCAAUCCUGGGGGAAGUAACCAUCUCGUUCCUACAGUUGUAUAUUCGACGUUCUUGCUCAUAUGCGUUUCCGGGGAUUUCAUCCCUUUUUGGUUUGGAGAUCCGUGGAUUGCGAUUGGUUUCGGUUUUGGGUAA